CUGACGGCGCGGCAGGAUGUCUCUCACCUCUUCGUUGUCCUGGUUCCGGACUUUCCGAACUCUCCGAACCUUCCUGGUCGUGCAGCUUUUCCUGGGUCCGGGGUGCCACCUCCACCCGCAGCCCUGCCACCUCCUGGCGCAGAUCGGACACGCAGUGCGCGUCGGUGCGCUCCUGCCGGCGCAACGGGAGGCUCGUCUCCAGGUCCAGGCGGCGCUGAGCCGCACGGCGGCCGCUCUGAGCCGGGACCGGAACCGGGACCAGGAUCCGGACCCCGAGCGGGUGAACUUCCUGCCCUACAACCUGAGCGUGGAGCUGGUGUCCUGGCAGCUGGCCGCCGCGGACCCGGAGUCCCUCAUCCGGUGCGCGUGCCAGCGCGUGCUGGAGCGCGGAGUUUCCGCCGCGCUCGCCUUCCCGCAGAGCCGCGAGGAGCUGCUGCAAGUGGAUCUGCUUGCCGCCGCGCUGCGCGUGCCCGUCGUCAGCCUCAUCGAGCACGCGGAGCCGCUGCGCACGCAGAACCGGUUCCACCUGCAGAUGGUGACAGGGUUUCCAGAAUCUGUGCUGUCUGAUCUGUUGCUGGCGGCUCGCGGUCCGUUGGAGGAAGGGACUGUGGUUCUGUGCCGAGGCUGGGAGGCGGGUGGCCUCCUGCGGUUCCUGGACUCGCAGACCUCUGGUCCUUGGGACGGAUCAGUCACCUGGCACCUGCAGGCGCUGCUGAACCUGACCCAGUCGGCCCAUGACGACACUCAGAUCCACGACUUCCUGUCCCGACAUUUCAGACGGAACCAGCCUCCGCCUGCGGCUGGAGCAGACCCGAGUGCAGCGGCGGUGCUGCGCAGCGCCCAGGACCUCGGGCUGACCCUACCCCUGGUCCACUGGGUUCUGGGCCAGCCACUCAGUCCCGACGUGCUCCACACCUUCGGCCUGCCGCUCGGCCUGCUGGCCUACGGAGAGGUGGACAGGAAGCCGCUCGACUUCUACAUCAGAGACGCCCUGCAGCUCAUCACCAGAGCUGUCGCCGCGGCGACCGUGGUAAGACCAGACCUGGCUCUGGUCCAGAACACGGUGAGCUGCCACGACACACCAGAGGCACCAACAGCAGGGUGGUACCUGUCCAGGUUCCUGGCCAACACCUCCUUCUCUGGACUAACGGGUCUGGUUGGCGUUGACCAGAAGCGCUCUCUGGUUCUGACCUCGCAGCGGUUCCACAUCUGGAGCCUGCGGCGUGACGCGCUGGGUCAGCCGGCCUGGGUGACGGUGGGCAGCUGGGAGGAUGGCCAGCUACAGGUGGAGGACCAGGAGGUGUGGCGGGGGCCCAAACCCCGGCGCCGGGCCGAGGGGUCGGGCGGACGUAGGGGGGGCCGCUGGAGGCCCGGGACGCCUGUGGCGGGGACCCGGGUCCGGGUGGUGACCCUGGUGGAGCAUCCCUUUGUGUUCACGCGGGACGUGGACGACGAUAGCAGCUGCCCCGCCGGCCAGUUCUGCCUGGACGCCGGCACCAACAGCUCAGAGACUCUGGAGCGCUACUUCUGGGAGGUGGCGGCCGGGAACGGCAGCUCACUGCCUCUGGAGUACAGGAAGUGUUGCUAUGGUUACUGCAUCGACCUGCUGGAGAAACUGGCUGAGGACCUGGGCUUCCACUUUGACCUCUACAUCGUCGGAGAUGGAAAGUACGGAGCGUGGAAGGGCGGCCGCUGGACGGGGCUGGUGGGCGACCUGCUGAGCGGCCUGGCCGACAUGGCCGUCACCUCCUUCAGCAUCAACUCCGCCCGCAGCCGUGUCAUCGACUUCACCUCGCCCUUCUUCUCCACAAGCCUGGGCAUCCUGGUGCGGAGCAAGGACACGGCGGCCCCUAUCGGAGCCUUCAUGUGGCCCCUGCACUGGUCCAUGUGGGUGGGCAUCUUCCUGGCACUCCACAUCACCGCGCUCUUCCUCACCCUGUACGAGUGGAAGAGUCCGUUUGGGAUGACGCCUCACGGUCGCAACAGGGUCAGGGUGUUCUCCUACUCCUCGGCUCUGAAUCUGUGCUACGCCAUCUUGUUUGGGCGAACGGUGUCGUCCAAGACGCCAAAGUGCUGGACCGGCCGCUUCCUGAUGAACCUGUGGGCCAUCUUCUGCCUACUGGUGCUAUCCAGCUACACCGCCAACCUGGCAGCCGUCAUGGUGGGGGAGAAGACCUUUGAGGAGGUCUCUGGGAUCCACGAUGCCAAGCUGCACCAUCCAUCGCAGGGCUUCCGCUUUGGGACGGUGAGAGAGAGCAGCGCUGAAGAUUACAUGAAGAAGAGCUUCCCAGAAAUGCACGAGUACAUGCGGCGCUUCAACGAACCGACAACGCCUGAAGGAGUCGCCACCCUAAAGACAGAUCCUCCUCAGCUCGAUGCCUUCAUCAUGGACAAGGCCCUGCUGGACUACGAAGUUUCCAUUGAUGCCGAGUGUAAACUGGCAACAGUUGGGAAACCCUUUGCCAUCGAAGGUUAUGGCAUCGGACUCCCCCAGAACUCUCCGCUGAGCUCCAACCUGUCCGAGUUCAUCAGCAGGUACAAGUCCGACGGCUACAUGGACCUGCUGCACGACAAGUGGUACAAGGUGGUUCCCUGUGGGAACCGAGUGUUCGCCGUGACCGAGACUCUGCAGAUGGGCAUCAGUCACUUCUCUGGACUCUUCGUGUUGCUGUGCGUCGGAGUGGGCGGAGCUCUGCUGACCCUCGCAGGUGAACACGGGUUUUACCAACUCAUCCUGCCGCGGCGCCGGCAGAACCUGAAGUACUGGCUGCACACGUCCCAGAAGAUCCACCGAGCGUUGAAUCUGACGUACGACGAUGUGAAGAGGCAGCGGGCCGAGAGGGAGAAAAGCUGUAACCUGGAGAAGACCCAGGCAGGGCAGGGCCCCGCGAGUCCCUGGGUACCCCCGGGACCCUCAGUACCCGCUGCCAGGUGGGACGACGAGUCCAGGAAGGAAACUCCAGCUGCUGCAGAUGCUCGAGACUUCAAGCGAGUUCACUUCAGUCUGGAGACCCUGAACACACGGCGCCUGCUGGCCCGCCUGGCGGUCUCAGAGGCGAAGGGGGGCGGGGCUAAGGGUGACAGGGCGGGACCCAUGAAACCAGGGGCGGGGCCAAGCAGCCGGCUAUGUGAGAAUGGGGGACCGGCAGCUUCAUUGGCCAGUCUGGUGCUCUCACUGCCCUCCUCUUCCUCUGUGAGGACCAAUGCCCCGCCCCUUCCUGGUGUUACUCCUCCCAUUCCAAUAAUAUCCCAACCCCUUCCUGAUGCAACCCCGCCCGUUCCCGAUACGGCUACGCCCCUUCCGGUGGUGGCCACGCCCCUUCCUGCAGAAUUGGCGGCGCUGCAGCAGCAGAUUGAUCAGAUGCGGGAGAAGCUGAGGGCUGCGUUGGCUCGCCGGGCGGACAUCCAGACCUCCCUAGCCAAGCCUGUUUCUAUGGCAACCACCAGCCCACCUCCAGUUUUGGUGACUUCUACAGGGAUCCCGUCCCCCACCUUACCUGCCAUCACCAUGGCAACAAGUCUAUCUCCAAACAGGAAGAGUGUGAUGACCAUGACAGCCCCCCCUCACAGGGUGCUAUCCAAAGUCCCGCCCCUCCGCAGCAGGCUGUCCAAUCAGCGGAGGUGAUGCCUUUGCUUGACUUCCUGUGGACAGACAUUCGGACUGAGAGACAACAGAUUUUAUUUUUAAAACCAGAACAAACGUGAACGCAGCCUCCAUCAUGACAUUCCUCAGUGGCGCCCUCUGGUGGUCCACCCCACCUGUUGACAUACCCAUUGCGUUGAAUUUAGGAUUUUAUGAAUAUUUUUUCUUUUUUCAGACCUGGUGUGAAGCUGUUGUUGUAGGAACCUUUGUGUAAAUGAGAACCAACCAUUUCAGGCAGAAUGAACUGGAAGAGUCGAGGCAUCGGCCCUGAAGAACUCGGCAUUGAAAUUCUUUUUAGAUUUGGUUGAUAAAUGUUUAAAUAUGCAAACAUUUGUUACUACAGGUCAGAUUUUUAUUGUUCUAUCUUUUAGUUUCAAUAAAAUCUACAUUUGAUUUUGGUGGCUUUUAUCUUCCACUGAUUUGCCUACCUGGCUGACUUAUCCUGAUUACCUGGCAGAUGUUCCCAAACAUCAGGAGAAGACUGCCACCAUAAACGUUGCAGGUUUUACUGAGACAUUAAGUUUUCUAGUCUAGUCAAUUGGUCAAAUAACCUGCAGAACAAACUAUUGUUAGGAAUCAGGCAUCGCACCAAUUUUUGGCUUGUGUGAUUAUUAAUAAUUAGGAUCAAUAAUUUAAUGUCAACAAAAUUACUAAUGAGAUGAUUUCUUUAAGUUUAACUGAGGCACCAAUUUGGAAUCAUUAGUCGAACAUGCCAGUCUCUCAUGGAGUGAAUUCAACGCUAUCGGAAAGCUAACUCUGACUUAGCAGGAAGGACUCAGACACUCAAACCUGAAUUUUUUUUUAAAGCUACAGCACAACUUUACGCCAGUUGUGCCACCAUGGGCCCACGGUAC